UUGUCCAUAUUGUGCUUUGUUGAGAAUGGUGGAACAGUUUACAGAGAGUCAAAUUGAUGAAUUUAAGGAGUGCUUUUCACUGUUCGAUGGUGACAGUGAUGGCAUGAUAACUGAACAGGAACUGGCACUGACCAUGCGAUCCUUAGGAGAGAAUAUCACACACGUAGAAAUUGCUGCACUUAUGAAGAAAGCUGGAAAGCAGAAAGUGCGGUUUCCAGAAUUCUUGAAGAUGAUGGCAGAACAACGUAAAAAAAACCUUAACUCAGAGCAUGAAAUUCUGGCUGCUUUUACAGCUUUAGACAGGAAUAAAACUGGUGUAGUGAGUCGCAAGCAACUUCAGCAUCUAAUGACAGGCACAGGGGAUAAACUCACAACUGCAGAAUUUGAACAGAUGUUGAAGGAUUUGAACUUGGAACAUGGCAACUCUAUUAAUUAUUCAGAUCUUGUUCGAGCUGUGACCCACUGAGGGGAAGCUGAUGGUGCUGUUGUAACGUGUUUCUCCAUUACCACCCUUGUAUAGCACUAAACUUUACACAACUAACACUGUCUUUUAAAGUUAACUAUGAAAUUUUUAAUAUGUCAGUUGAGGUUAUUUGCAGGAAACAGGAAACUUGGGUGUAAGAAUAACUGAUUCAGUUGUAUUAUUUCGUUGUGAAAAUGUAAGAAGUAUUUUAGCUGCACAUGUAUAUUUUAAAAUUUUUAUUUAUUGUAAUGACAUGCUAUUAAGUAUGUUUAAUGAUGAUGCUUUUAGAUCUGUUAUUUAUGAACCACUUGGAAUAAUUAAGUGGGGUGUAGAACAGUAGCUGAAAUAAAUGAAUGUUAGGAAA